CGCGUUCAGGUCCACAGAAAUAGAGAGGGGAGUGCGAGGCCGACACCUGGUAUUCCCAUACAUUGCUAGAGCUGUGUGUUAGAUUGCUCUUCCAAUUUAUUAAUGGACAAGAAGUAAGAUAGACAAAAACAUAAGUGUGAGCACGACUUUUGCCCGUUGAGUGCGGGUCAUGCUGUCCUCGCAAAGGUAAUGAGCCGCAAAGCCCUCGGGUCUCGGCUUAGCAGCGCCCACAAACUGCAGCGAAACUGGAAUGAUUGGCAGCCCAGAGGUGACAGCGUGUCCGCUUGCCAGGACGGCGUGAAGUACAGUGUUUCACGAGACCACGGUCCUGCCCCAGCCGCUCUUUUUGACACUUUGCCCUCCGACCGGCCUGGCACCCCUCCGCUGCACAAUGAUGCCUACGCAGACGCCCACGCUCUCGAGGAAGGAGGUGGAUAUGACGUUGAUGGAGGUCUCUGUGAAACUACUUAUGGUUGGAAGUCGCUGGGGCAAGAGUUGAGGAUCAAUGAUGUGACAGCGGAUUUACCCAGUUUUCAGCAUGGAAACCGUGCUUUAGCUACAAAGGACAUGAGGAAAUCACAGGACCGACCGAUGGCUCACUCGGAUGAGUCCCGCCUGGCCAACCUCCUGCGGAGGGUCUCCCGGGAAGAUGACAGGGACCGCAGGCUGGUCACCCUUAAACAGAUGAAGGAGCUCAUCAUGCACUCGGAAAACAAAGUGGUCCUUGUGAAGCAGCUUGAUACUAUCUUGAGCACCCUGAAUGACAUUUUGAAUGAGAGCAGUAAGCUCCUGCAGGAGCUGCGUCAGGAGGCAGCCGGGUGCCUGGGCCUGCUCUGUGCCGCACUCAGCUACGAGGCCGAGAGGAUCUUCAAGUGGAUCUUCCUCAAGUUCAGCGCCUCCACCAAGGACGAGGUCAAGCUCCUUUACCUUGUGGCCACCUACAAGGCCCUGGAGACGGUGGGGGAGAAGAAGGCUUUCUCGCCAGUCAUGCAGGUCUCACCGCCCCAGCUGGUGAUGAGCAGCCUGCAGUCCAUCCUGGAGAACUUGGACACCCCAGAGCUGCUGUGUCAGAGCGUCAAGUGCAUUCUGCUGGUGGCACGUUGCUACCCGCACAUCUUCAGCACCAACUUCAGGGAUACCGUGGACAUCUUGGUUGGCUGGCAUAUCGAUCACACACAGAAGCAGUCGCUCACCCAGCAGGUGUCCGGCUGGCUACAGAGUCUGGAGCAGUUCUGGGUGGCAGACUUGGCUUUCUCCACCACUUUAUUGGGACAGUUUUUAGAAGAUAUGGAGGCCUAUGCAGAGGUAUGGAACAGACUGCUCUUUAGAGGAGACCUGGGUCAUGUGAUUUCAGGGGAGGCGGUGGAUGAGGACAUCCCCCCUCCGACUGUCUCCUUGCCCAAGCUGGCCGCCCUGCUGCGGGUCUUUAGCACAGUGGUGCGCAGCAUCGGAGAGAGGUUCAACCCCACACGCGGACCACCCAUCACCGAGGCCUACGUCACUGAUGUGUUGAACCGCGUUCUAGCCUGCGUGACCACGGCCAGACAGGUGUUCUUCUCGGAGGCGGUCCUGACGGCAGGGAACGAGUGUGUGUGUGUGCUGCUGCUGAACCUGGACUCGAGCAGCACACUGACGGAUACGGUCAUCGCGUACGGCCUGGAGCAGCUGGAGAGCUGCCAGCGCUGCGGCCCUGAGUACAGCAUGGCUGUGCUCAACCUGCUCACACUGAUUGUCGACCAGAUCAACACGAAGCUGCCGGCCGCUUUUGUGGAGAAGCUGCUGGCUCCCAACUCCCAGCUCCUUGAGCUGCGCUUCCACCGGGAGAAGGAGGUCAUGUCAGCCGCCCUUGGUGUUUACCAGGCGUUGCUGAGCCUGAAGAACAUCCCCAUCCUGGAGGCGGCCUACAAGCUGGUGCUGGGGGAGAUGGGCUGCGCCCUGAACAGCCUCCUGGCGCCACUGGCGCUGCCCCCGGCCUGCCCCAGCAUCCAGCAUCCAGUCUUCAGCCAGCCCCCUCUCCUGCUCUCCCCCGACCGCGCAGAGUUCAUCCUCAUCUUCAACCUCAGCGCCCUCACCACCAUCGGAAACACCAAGAACUCACUCAUUGGGAUGUGGGCUCUCUCUCCCACUGUGUUUGCCCUGCUCAGUCAGAACCUGCUGCUGGUCCACUCUGAGCUAGCAGUCCACCACCCCACCAUCCAGUACUCUGUGCUCUACACCCUCUACUCCCACUGCACCAGACAUGAUCACUUUAUCUCCAGCAGCCUUAGCUCCUCCUCUCCCUCGCUGUUCGACGGCGCAGUCAUCAGCACAGUCACCACGGCAACCAAGAAGCAUUUCAGCACACUGCUUAGUCUGCUGGGCAUGUUGCUAAGCAAAGACCACCUGAACCCAGAGGCCAGGAAGCUUCUUCUCACCUGGUCUCUGGAGAUGUCGCUAAUGAUGAAGAAAUCGGACACAUACUCCCCCCUCUUUGCCCUCCCCUCUUUUCACAAAUUCUGCAAAGGUCUACUGGCAAAUGCUCUGAAUGAAGAUCCAGCAAUAUGCCUUCAGACCUGCAACAGUCUGCAGGUCCUCUCCUCAUCCCUCUCCCCAGAGUUGUUGCAAAGGUGUGUGGACGUGUGCCGAGUCCAGCUGGUCCAUUCGGCCGUGCGAGUCCGUCAGGCGUUUGGAAAGCUGCUGAGGUCCAUCCCUCUGGCAGUGGCUCUGAGCAACCAGCACCAUGUGGAGAUCCAGGAGAUCUCUCUGGCCAUCCGCCGACACAUGAGCAAGGCGCCCAGCAACACCUUCCACCCACAGGACUUCUCCGACGUCAUCAGCUUCAUCCUCUACGGCACCGUGCAUCGCGGCGGUAAGGAGCCGUGGCUGGAGCGUCUGUACCACAGCUGCCAGCGCGUGGAGAAGCGUGAGUCCCAGUGUGUGCCGCGGGCCCUGCUGAAGGCCGAGGCCGUGCUGUGGCAGUGGGCCGUGUGGGAGGCCGCCCAGUUCACGGUGCUCUCCAAGCUCCGCACCCCGCUGGGCCGAGCACAGGACACCUUUCAGACCAUCGAGGGGAUGAUUCGCAGCCUGGCGGCGCACAGUCUGAACUCUGAGCAGGAGCUGAGCCAGUGGAGCGCAGCCGAGAGCGACGAGGGUCACCACACCAACCAGCUGCGCCUGGCCCUGCUGCUGCAGUUCCUGGAGAACCUCGAGAAGCUCAUGUACAACGCCUACGAGGGCUGUGCCAACGCUCUCACCGCACCACCCAAGGGCAUUCGGACAUUCUUUUACACCAACAGACAGACGUGUCAGGAUUGGCUGACUCGAAUCCGCAUGGCACUGAUGCGCGUGGGGCUGAUGUCGGGCCAGCCGGCCGUCACUGUUCGUCACGGCUUCGAUCUGCUCGCCGAGAUCAAGAACAGCAGUGCACAGGGUCCGGAGGUGGAGGUUCCCCUGAUGAUGCUGGUGGAGGCCCUGUGUGAGCUCCGCUGCCCAGAGGCCAUACAGGGCCUGGCCGCCUGGAGCCUGGCCAACACGGGCAAGAGCCUGGGCUGGGUCGGCUCUGUGGCCCUGCAGGCCGAGGGAAGGUUUGAGAAGGCGGCCCUGGAGUAUCAGGAGCAGCUGUGUGCGGUGACGGGCAUGGACUGCUCCAUCAAGGGCUUCGACCACUCGCUGCUCAAGCUGGCCAACUCCAACAGCAGCAGCAGCACAGCCAGCCCCAAGCACAGCAGCAGUGGAGACGGCAGGAAGACUGUGUUGCUGAAGUCGAGCGAUUGCUCCUCCGAGGUGGUGAACUUCCUGGCCAACAAGGCAUGCGAGUGCUACGUGUCCCUGAGCGACUGGGCCUCCGUGCAAGAGUGGCAGGCCAGCAUGCACACCCUCAAGAAGAACAGCAGCAACAGCGCCACCGUCAACCUCAAGACUGACUUCAACUACAUACGAGCUCUGACCAGGUUUGAAGAUGGAGAUUUCCCAGAAUGCCGUACACAGCUGGAGCUUUUGCCUGGGGAAGACUAUGGCUUGCUGAACUCUAGCACCAAAGACAAACUAGACUUGAAGCGGCUGCUGCCUGCGGUGCUGAGCCCGGACCCGUCGGAGCUGCAGAAGGCCAUCGAGGUGCAGCUGCUGAGGAGUGCAGUGGGAGCCAUCACCUCCACCAAUCACGAGCGGGACCAGAAGAUCGGCCCCUCGUCCGAUCUGGUAAAGUACCUGAAGCAGACGGGCCGUAUCUCUCUGGGUGCCCUGCGUCUGUCCACCCUGACGCUCUCCGGCUCUCUGCCCACCAUGGGCACCAUGCAGCUGCACUGUGCCAACGCCCUGGAGGGCUCCCUCACCAACCAGCUCCCCGCUGAGGACUGUCUGAUCCCUCUGUUCAGUGAGGCCCUCAGCACAUGUAAGCAGCAGGAUGUGCAACCUUGGCUGCACGCACUCAGAUACACCACAUUCCAGAGGCAGCUCUACCUCAAGCAGAAAGGCUCCUCAGCUUCAGUGGACUCUCACCUGAUGGAGUUGUGUGUGACGGCGGUGAAGUUCGCCCGUAAGCAGGGCAACAUCGCCCUGGCCUCACGGAUGCUGGGUCAGUGCUGUGAGCCUCCGGCCGAGCAGCCCGAGGGAGGGGACCUGGUGCACAGCUUCAGGAUGCUCUCGCUGGACGGCCCCGUCAAGGAGAAGUGGGGGCCCGAGCUGGAGAUCGAGAGGGCCAAGGUGCUCUUCACUGCAGGUCAGUCGACAGGGGCGAUGGAGAUGCUGAGCUCAUGCGCGCUGUCCUACUGCCGCUCGGGGAAGUGCGAGCGUGCCGCCUGCCGCUCAGUGCUGACUCUGUGCAAGUGGCUGCUGGCCGACUGGAAGGACCUGACGCUGCAGCUCAAGCAGGUGGUGAAGCGGAGCACCGGCGGCGCCCAGCCCAGCCUCUCGCCCCUCGGACGCAACAUCGCUGCCCUGCUGGAGCUGCCGCUGGAGGAGCAGGGGGUGCCUCGCAUCACCAACGAGAUCACCGUGAGUGUUGGAGUGGGAGAGCCUGACUUUGUCCUGGGCCAGCUUUACCAGCUGUCCACCUCCCAGGCUCCUGAUGUGGCCAAGUCCUGGGCUGCUCUGGCCAGCUGGGCCUACCGCUGGGGCAGGAAGGUGGUGGACAACGCCAGUCAAGGCGAAGGAGUGCCACUGCUCUCAGGUGAGAAGAAGGAGAUCGAGGAGCUGAUCCCCUCGGGCACCAGUGACGAGGACAAGGACACCAUCUUCAGCAUCCUGGGCCAGGCCAUGUGUCGCCCUGCAGGAAUUCAGGAUGAGGACAUGGCCCUGCAGAAUGAGGAGGACGAUGAGGAUGACAUGGUGGAUGUGAUCUGGAGGCAGCUGCUGGCCUCGUGCCCGUGGCUGUCGGAGGUGGAGGAGAGCGUGACUGAGGGCCUGAUCCGUGUGUGGAGGACCGUGGUGGACCGCAUCUUCAGCCUGUACCGUGUCUCCUGCCACGCUUACUUCACCUUCCUCAAGCUCAACGCUGGACAGGUGCCGAUUGACGAGGACGACCCCAAGCUGCUGCUGAGCAACCAGACCAGCAAGCAGAGCAACGACGACGUGAUCGUCAUGGCAACGCUGCGCCUGCUGCGGCUACUGGUGAAACACGCAGGAGAGCUGCGAGAAGAACUGGAGCUAGGGCUCGCAUCCACCCCCACCGCCCCCUGGAGAGGCAUCAUCCCCCAGCUGUUCUCUCGGCUCAACCACCCGGAGGCCUACAUCCGCCAGAGCAUCUGCAGCUUGCUGUGCCGCGUGGCCCAGGACUCCCCCCACCUCAUCCUCUACCCCGCCAUCGUGGGCUCCAUCUCCCUGGGCGGCGAGGCCCAGGCCGCAGGUAACAAGCUGCCCUCGGCCUUGCCCACCUUCCUGGGUAACAUCCAGGGCGAAGGUCUGUGUGGCGGCAGCAGCGAAGCGGGCAGCCCGCCAGCCUCCCAGGAGAGCGGCCGCGGCGAGGAGCUGGUGCUCUGCUCCAGCGAGGACCAGGCCAUGAUGCAGGACUGCUACAGCAAGAUCGUGGACAAGCUGUCCUCCGCCAAUCCCACCAUGGUGCUGCAGGUUCAGAUGCUGGUGGGGGAGCUUCGGCGGGUGACGCUGCUGUGGGAUGAGCUGUGGCUUGGCGUGCUUCAGCAGCAACACAUGCACGUGCUGCGCCGCAUCCAGCAGCUGGAGGACGAGGUCAAGAGGGUGCAGAACAACAACACGCUGCGCAAAGACGAGAAGGUGGCCAUCAUGCGUGAGAAGCACUCAGCCCUGAUGCGGCCGGUGGUCUUUGCCCUGGAGCACGUGCGCAGCAUUACAGCGGCAGCGGCCGAGACGCCGCACGAAACCUGGUUCCAGGAGACGUACGGCGAGGCCAUCAACAGCGCCCUGGAGCGUCUGCGCUGCCCGCAGAACCCUGCCAACCCAGCCAGCAGCUGGGCGCCCUUCAAACAGAUCAUGCUGAGUCUCCAGCAGCGGGCCCAGAAGCGUGCCAGCUACCUGCUACGUCUGGACGAGAUCAGCCCGCGCCUGGCAUCCAUGGCCAGCACCGAGAUGGCGCUACCCGGAGAGGUGUCGGCCACCGACGCCCUCACCAUCCAGAGCGUGGGCAACACCAUCACCAUCCUGCCCACCAAGACCAAGCCCAAGAAGCUCUACUUCCUGGGCUCGGACGGAAAGAACUAUCCCUACCUGUUCAAAGGCCUGGAGGACUUGCACCUGGACGAGCGCAUCAUGCAGUUCCUGUCCAUCGUCAACACCAUGUUCACCAAGGUGAACCAGCAGGAGAGCCCGCGCUUCCACGCUCGCCACUACUCCGUCACGCCCCUGGGCACGCGCUCAGGCCUCAUCCAGUGGGUGGACGGCGCCACGCCACUCUUUGGCCUCUACAAGCGCUGGCAACAGAGAGAGGCCGUCCUUCAGUCACAGAAGGCUCAGGACUCCUUCCAGCAGCCGCAGAACCUCCCUAUGGUGCCGCGCCCCAGCGAGCUCUACUACAGCAAGAUCGGCCCGGCCCUGAAGGCGGUGGGCCUCAGCCUGGACGUCUCGCGCCGUGACUGGCCCAUCAGCGUCAUGAGGGACGUGCUGAAGGAGCUGAUGGAGGCCACUCCGCCCAACCUGCUGGCCAAGGAGCUGUGGUGCUCAUGCACCACCCCCAGCGAGUGGUGGAGGAUCACGCAGUCCUAUGCGCGGUCCACUGCAGUCAUGUCGAUGGUUGGCUAUAUCAUUGGACUGGGGGACAGACAUCUGGAUAACGUGCUGAUAGACAUGACUACAGGAGAGGUGGUGCACAUUGACUACAACGUCUGCUUUGAGAAGGGGAAGAGUCUGAGAGUUCCCGAGAAGGUUCCGUUCCGCAUGACUCACAAUAUCGAAACUGCUCUGGGCGUGACUGGGGUGGAGGGCAUCUUCAGACUAUCGUGUGAACAGGUGGUCCAGAUGAUGCGUAGAGGCCGCGAGACCCUGCUCACCCUGCUAGAGGCGUUCGUGUACGACCCGCUGGUGGACUGGACGGCCGGCGGCGAGGUGGGCUUCGCAGGGGCCGUGUACGGAGGAGGCGGCCAGCAGGCCGAAAGCAAGCAGAGCAAGAGGGAGAUGGAGCGAGACAUCACUCGCAGCCUGUUCUCCUCGCGCGUGGCCGAGAUCAAGGUGAACUGGUUUAAGAACCGUGAGGAGAUGCUGGUGGCGCUGCCGCAGGUGGAGGUGGCAGUGGAGGAGUACCUGACCCUGCAGGAGCAGCUCACUCAGGGCGAGCAGCAGCAGGCCAAGCUGCUGGAGGAGAUGGACUUCCUGGACGGGGCUGAGAGCCGGCCUGACCACCUCAUCCACACGCUGGAGCACAGGUACUCUGAGCACACCCAGCUGCAAUCCAGGCAGCGAACUGUGCAAGACGCCAUCCAGGGGAAGCUGUCUGACCUGGACCAGUGGAUCUCCCAGUACCAGGCCGCCUUCGCCAGCCUAGAGGCCACUCAGCUUGCCACCCUGCUGCAGGAGAUCAGCAGCCCCAUAGACCUGGGCCCCCCCAGCUACGUGCCAGCGACGGCCUUCCUCCAGAACGCAGGCCAGGCGCACCUGAUCAGCCAGUGCGAGCAGCUGGAGGCAGAGGUGGGGGUGCUGCUGCAGCAGCGGCGGCUGGUGCUGCGCGGCUGUCUGGAGCACCUGCACAGCUACGCCACCGUGGCGCUGCUGUACCCGCGCGCCGUCCUGCACCGGCACCGCACCCACGCCUGGAAACAGUGGCUCGAGGAGACCCUGAGAGACAUGACUGUCGAGCACUGCCAGGGCAUAUACCACCAGUACGAGAUGCAGUUCUCUCCCCAGCCGCCUCCGGCCACCUGCCAGUUCCUGUCAGGCGUGGAGUUGGCCUUGCAGCAUCACGCCGCCGACACCAACACGCGGCUGCUGCGGCAGGCCGAGCGGCUCAAGGCGGAGGGCGCCGGCGUGGCCGCCUGCGAGGAGCAGCUGCAGGAGAUCGAGCGCUGCAUCGCCGCCUUCCUGCGCGAGAAUGCCGAGCCCGGCGCCUACAGCAUGGCCGGCAUCAUCCUCUCAGCGCUCUGUGCCCUCACCAGGCGCAACUUGGUGAUGGAGGGUGCGGCGUCGAGUGCCGGGGAGCAGCUGGUGGAGCUGACGUCUCGCGACGGCGCCUGGUUCCUGGAGGAGCUGUGCAGCAUGAGCGGCAACAUCACCUGCCUCCUGCAGCUACUGCAGCAGUGCCAGCUGCCCUCGCACGACCUGGACUUGCCCAACCCCGCCGACACUGCCCAGACCGUCUACCUGGCCAACGGUGUCUACACCUGCCUGCAGGAGCUGAACACCAACUUCCGUCAGAUCAUCUUCCCUGAGGCGCUGCGCUGCAUGCUGAAGGGCGAGAGCACGCUGGAGGCCAUGCUGUCCGAGCUGGACACCCUGAUCGAGCAGUGUGCCGACGGGGUCUCCUUGCAGGGGCUGGCCGAGGGCCUGCAGGCCCACCUGCGCAACACGGCCAUGGGCCUGGAGGAGGACACCGACUCGCAUUACUUGGACAUCACCAGGAUGCUGAGGCUGCAGUACUCGGAAUUGAUUCAACCCCGCAGCAUGGAGAGCUCUGUGCAGGACACGCCCAAGAUGAGCGCAGGCCAGAUGCUGCUGGUGGCCUUCGACGGCAUGUUUGCCCAGCUGGAGACGGCCUUCGGGCUGCUAGUGGAGAAGCUGAACUCGAUGGACGUGCCGGCCGCCUGGCGAAAGGUGGAUGUGAUCCGCGAGGCGCGGGCUGCUCAGGUGCACUUCUUUGACUGUGAGCAGAACCGGCAGGUGCUGGAGGAGAUCUUCUUCCUCAAGAGGCUGCAGACCAUCCGCGAUUUCUUCCGCCUUUGUGGCUCCUUCUCUCAGACACUGUCUGGCACCUGCCCUCCUCCCACGGACGAGCCUCCUCCCUCCAACGGGCCUGUGUCCCUGGUGAAGCCUCUGUACCGCGGAUCGGCCGUGGUGAGCGAGGACCAGAUGACGCGUCCCAUCAAGGCCUUCACGGCCGACUUUGUGCGCCAGAUGCUGAUCGGCCUGCCCACGCAGGCACUGGGACUGGCCCUCUGCAGUGCCAUCAGCGCGCUGGGCAUGGACCUCAUCGCCCAGGUGGAGGCCAAGGACUUUGGUGCGGAGGGCAAGGUGUCGCUGGACGAGCUGUGCAAGAAGGCGGUAGAGCAGGGCGUGCAGGCGGGCCGUCUGACCCAGCUGCUGCUGAACCGGGCCACGGUGCUGGCCAGUUCCUUCGACUCGUCCUGGAAGAAGCUGGACCUGGUGCGCAGGCUGGAGGUCAGCAUCGAUGCCUGCAAGGUUAGCCUGCAGAGGUCGCAGCUGCACAACGCCAUGUUCCAGUGGCAGCAUGAAGACGUGUUGGGAACGCGCAGCCAGCCCUUGACCGUGAGCCCCCCUCCCCGCUCCAUCAUCCUCAGCAACAUGAAGAAGAAGCUGUACAAGCUCAGUCAGGACGAGGCGGCCAUCGCCAGCGUUCAGGAGAAGCUAGCUGCACUAGAGGGCAGCAUCGAGCAACGUCUGAAGUGGGCCGGCGGUGCCAACCCGGCGCUGGCGCCCGUGCUGCAGGACUUUGAGGUGACCAUCGGCGAGCGGCGUGCCCUGGUGCUGAAGGAGAGCCAGCGCAGCAGCCAGGUCACCUUCCUGUGCAGCACCAUCCUGAACUUCGAGGGCCUGCGCACGCGCACCCCCGAGGCGCUCAGCAUGGACGCCGCGCUCUUCGAGCUGCUCAAGCGCUGCCAGGCCACCUGCACCUACGCCGCCCAGUUCAGCUCCUCUGUCUCCCCGCUCGAGCUGCAGCUGCUGCAGAGGCUGAGCCCCACCCUGGAUCUGUCCAUCGGCAGUGCUGACUGGCUUGCGUACGCCCAGAAGCAGCUGUCUCAGGAGCUGGCCAGUCAGAGGGCCGUGCAGGAGGAGCGAGAUCAGCAAUUGGACGUGGUCACGGAGACACUUCAGAUGCUGGUCGACACCAUUAAGGGCAUCCUGUCCAAUCACAACCGCCAGCUGGCUGAUGUCAAACACCUGCUUCGUGCCAUGGCAAAGGACGAGGAGAACGCGCUGGCAGAGGGAGAUGAAGUGGUGUACGAGGGCAGCGUGAGGCAGUUCCUGACUGAGUACAAGGCGUGGCAGGACAACCUGCAGAUCGUGCUGUUCACGGUGGUGCAGGCCAUGGGCCAGCCGCGCAACCAGGAGCAGGGGGACCUUCUGCAGGAGAUCCCUGCCACACUCAAGGAGCUCAAAGUGCAGAGCCAGAGCAUCUACAAUGGGUUGGUUGGGUUUGCCUCUCCUCUGGUGACUGAUAGAAGUGACUGCCCGAGCCCCACUUCCAAUGCCCAGACCAGCUUUGCUGCAGCAGUGCGCUGCAGCGGUGUGAAGACGCAGCCAGACGGAAUGUCCCAGAAUGCUCGGAAGGCCCUCCCCCGUAACCUGGGCACCCCUGCCGACACGCCGCCCAGCACCCUCCUCAUCACCAGCAAAGGCCUCGCACCCAGCCCCAAGCGAGCUGUUCGCGACCCCAAGACGGGCAAAGCUGUGCAGGAGAGGAACUCUUAUGCUGUCAGUGUGUGGAAGAGAGUGAAGGCCAAAUUGGAGGGUAGAGAUGUUGACCCCAAUAGGAGGAUGAGUGUGACCGAACAGGUGGACUACGUCAUCAAAGAGGCUACGCAUGUGGACAACUUGGCCCAGCUGUACGAAGGGUGGACCGCCUGGGUGUGAACGGGGACGCCAAGCAGAUCACUUUGGUCCAGCGAGGAAAGAAGAGUACAAAUCCACCAGAGUCCACGGGGUCUGGGGCCACAGAGCCACAGUGCACCAUGCGGGGGAAAACAGGGGGAGGGGUGGGUGUGGAGACCCUCCCAAGGGGCCCCAUCAUGGGGAAACCCCCACCCCCUCAAGCCCUCCAGUAGCACACAGCUCAGCUGCACCCUGGCGAUUCAGCACACUACCACGACAAGGGUCUGCUCCCCUCCCGUCUCCUCCAGGUGUAUCAGGAGCUCAUCGGGACGGGGGGAGGGAAGGGGGAAUUGGUAAA